GACUCCCUGCCUCUCUCACAAGCACUCGCGAGAAAAGUUUCACAGAGAGAGAAUGAAAAACCAAGAAAGUUUCAGAGAGAUGGAGGGCUUCACUUGCGGAACAGAAUCUUGGGUUUCUUCAAUCCGAAAAAACCCAGAUGAACAAACCCAUCAAUCACUACAAACCUCUUCUUCUUCUGAGUUUAUGCUAGGAAUCGGAGAAGAAGAAUGGCCGAAGCUGAACAGCUUGAAGAGCAAGAAGAAGAAGAAAAAGAACCAGGUUUUGCUUGAAGGGUAUGUAGAGUCAGCCGAUGAGGAUGAUUUGUCGAGGACCAAGAGUUUGACGGAUGAGGAUCUUGACGAGCUCAAAGGGUGUUUGGAUCUGGGAUUUGGGUUCAGCUACGAAGAGAUUCCUGAGCUCUGUAACACCUUGCCUGCUCUUGAGCUUUGUUAUUCUAUGAGCCAGAAAUUCAUGGACGAAAACCAGAAGUCGCCGGAGAAUUCUCCGACCACAGUUGAUUCGUGCCCUUCGGUUUCAAGUCCAAUUGCCAAUUGGAAGAUCUCUAGUCCUGGUGACCAUCCUGAGGAUGUGAAGGCAAGGCUCAAAUACUGGGCACAGGCUGUGGCAUGCACCGUUAGGUUGGACCUUCAUCGGAAGCUUGCGCUUCACUGGUUUAUUCUGAAAUGGCUCCUGUCAGGAAUGAUUGCUCCUGCAAUUCUAGAACCUGUUGAUGAUGGAUUUACUCUGAGGAAGAGAAAGAGGAUGAUGAAGAAGAAUAUUUCAGCGGUGUGAGCCUCCAUUAGAGCUUCACCAAGUACUUCCUGACCUCUUAAUUUGCUGAGGUAACUAAUCUAACUGAGUGAACAUUGUGUGUUUUUCUGGUGCUCCUAAUUAUGACCCUCUAAUGAAAGUUAUGGUUCUGUGAUGCAAAACAACUGUGCUGACUAACUGUGUUUAUCUGUCCUAUGGAUGGAUUUUGUACCCAUUUGGCUGGAAUUGCAGAUGCAAUUGAAAAGACAUAAUGAUUUAAACCCUAAUAGAUUUUGUACCUUAGCUGUUGGUUUUUAUGCAGCGGUGAGAGCCUCCAUUAGAGCUUCACCAAGUACUUCCUGACCUCUUAAUUUGCUGAGGUAACUAACCCCUUUGUGUGAACAUUGUGUGUUUUUCUGGUGCUCCUAAUUAUGACCCUCUAAUGAAAGUUAUGGUUCUGGGAUGCAAACAAUGUUAACUGUGCUGACUAACUGUGUUUAUCUGUCCUAUGGAUAGAUUUUGUACCCAUUCGGCUGGAAUUGCAGAUGCAAUUGAAAAGAGGAAGUGGAUUGGAUAACUAUUAGUUCUGAUUGUCCCUGAAAUUUCAUUCGUAAAUUCCUAACCACAUUUUCUCCAGUCUGUUUUCAUAAGCAACGGGUUUUCAUGGUUAUGUCAAGGACUGGAUCUUUCAAGUUAUGUUGUCUAUAGUUACAAUUCUGCUCUAUUUUUCUGCCAGCGUUGUGACAAUCCCCUUUAGUUAUAAUUUCUGCAACAGAGAUGUUGAAUGAUGACUUUAAUUUCGGAGACGUUUGUAGUCUGUCAUGUUAAUUAUUCAAUUAGAAAGACUUGCAGAAUAUUUCUUUGCCCGUCAUUGAAGGCGCUAUCAGAAGUUUAGAUUGGUAAGUUUCAGUACCAAGUAUUUGGGAUUAAGUUCCUUUUGGAAUAAGAUGAAGGAUUUGCCUUAGUGUAUGGCUCAUAGGUUGGAGGGAAUUGCUGCCAGCCAUAUAGCAGCCGUGAAGCAUUUUUGACUUGUCUAGCUCGUCUCUGAAGAAUUUUCAAUGUGCUUCUCACUAGGUUAGAAGCAUUUACAAGCAAAAGGAUUCAGGUUUGGCCAAUGACCUGUUUGGUGGAGUUGAAUUUUUAGGAGUCUUAACUUGUUUUUUUGCAUGAGUUUGAUUUCUUUUUCACAAAUCAAUGGAAUGUAUCGUUCUCAUUAAAAUUUUAUUUUUUGAGUGCAAGCGAUAGUCUAAACUACAAUGAAUGAGAAUUUCUCACACACAUAAAUAAUGUAAUGGGGAUUCGAACUUGAGAUUACUGAGGAUGGUUAUUUACACA